AACACCAACUAUUCUCCCACCAACGAGGUCUUCUCCUACCCAGAUGCAUUCGAUAAAGCCUACUUGGCGGACAGCUACACCUCGCGGCCAGACUACUCUCUCGACGAAUUCUUGAACUGUGAUUCAUUCUUUGACCGACCGGUCAAUUCCGUCGAGCUCCCCGCCGGCUUUGUCCCAAAAAACAAUGCCGUGUUUAACGCCACUCUGCCAGCCGCCGCUUCCGCGUCCGCAACCGCCAACAUGACACAAUGGCCUACGGUCAACCCGGCUCCAUUCGGCAGACUGGGGAACUACAACGAAGCUUUCACAAACGGCAUCCCAUUCGGUGCCAUCACAGCCGACGCUUUCGAAUCCAGCUGCCCAUCUCCACGAAAUUCAUCACCAACACCUUCACUUUGUGGCGAUGGCCCAAUGCAGCGAGCUUCCCCAGCACCAUCGAACGGCUCCUUGAAGCGUGAGUCACCCGACGAGCCCACUGCUGCAGGAGAGGAACCCGCCCCAAAGCGGGUUCAGAGAAAACGAGGCCGACCAAAGUUGAACCGUAGCGAAUCUGACCCGUCCAACUACUCCAAUGGUGACUCUCCAAAAUCGCGGCCUAGCCGCCGUCUUCCACAUAACCAGGUAGAACGCAAGUACCGCGAGGGUCUCAACUCCGAGCUCGAGCGCCUGCGCCGUGCCGUUCCGACUCUACCCCAGCGAGAUUCGAGUGACCUGACCGGUCCCCCCAAGCCGAGCAAAGCUACAGUUCUUGCUAGUGCUAUUGACUACAUUAAAAAGAUCGAGCGCGAGCGAGACUUGCUUUUGGAAGAG